AAAGCCCCCAAUGUAAUGAAUUUUCAUAUUUCAGAUGUGAAGGAGUAUGUUAUCAAAGCACAAAUUCUUGCUGGAGGCAGAGGGAAAGGACAUUUUGACAAUGGGUUCAAAGGAGGAGUGCACAUUACAAACAAUCGAAAUGAUAUUGAUAAAAUUGUACAAAAAAUGCUGGGACACAAAUUAAUAACAAAGCAAACCCCAAAAGAAGGGAUUCUUGUCAAUAAAAUUAUGAUAGCUGAAAGUGUGAAUAUUGUCAGAGAGACCUAUGUCUGCAUACUAAUGGAUCGACAAAGAAAUGGUCCAGUUAUCAUAGCUUCACCAGCAGGCGGUGUUGAUAUUGAAGCCGUUGCAGAAAAAACACCACAUCUGUUAAAAACUGUUCCUAUUGAUAUAUUCGAAGGUGUCACAGACAAGAUUGCUGAUGAAUUGGCAGAUUUUCUUGAAUUUAGGGGUGAUCUUAGAGGCAAAGCAAGCACAGAAAUUAAAAAACUGUGGGGACUGUUUGUUGCUGUUGAUGCUACACAGUUAGAAAUAAAUCCUUUGGUUGAAACUGAUACUAAUCAGGUUAUAUCUGUGGACGCUAAGUUGAAUUUUGAUGACAAUGCUAAGUUCAGACAGAAAGAUGUAUUUAGCAUGGAAGACGUUACUGAAAGUGACCCAAGGGAGGUUGAGGCUUCCAAAUACAACCUGAACUAUAUAGGAAUGAAUGGAAAUAUAGGAUGUUUAGUUAAUGGAGCAGGCUUAGCCAUGGCGACAAUGGAUAUUAUAAAACUUCACGGUGGAGAUCCUGCUAAUUUCUUAGACGUGGGAGGUGGCGUCAAAGAAGACCAAGUCCGAGCAGCUUUCAGAAUCAUAACUUCUGACACGAAAGUCAAAUCUGUUUUGGUGAAUGUAUUUGGAGGUAUUGUGAACUGUGCAACAAUAGCAAAUGGAAUUGUGGGAGCUUUAAAAACGAUGACGCUGAAGAUUCCACUCAUCGUGAGAUUGGAGGGAACCAAUGCUAUUGAAGCUAGAAAAAUUAUAAAGGAAUCCGGACUCAAUAUUAUCACUGCUGAAAAUUUGGAGGAAGCUGCACAAAAAGCUGUAGUUAGCACAUAGUUCAGUCAUAAUAACUUAUGACUUAUAUUUUUCACAAGUUUUUUCAUUUUGAAAC